ACGAGUACGAAGAGGACGUUGUGUUAACUUCUCAAGAAGUCAACGUCCCGCCAUCAGCAACUUACGGGUGCAAACCCGCGAGAGAAGAAUCUGGAGUAAUACAAUGUAAUUCAUGUUUGAAAAAACUAUUCGCUAGUGGUUUUGUAGAGCAUACUGAAAAUUGUGAGAAGAUAAAGGCGAAGUUCUCGAUAUCCACAAAGAAAAUGCAUGUAGAUGAAAUACCUGUAAAUAAAAACAUGAAAAACAUAGAAAGCAUAGCAAACGCAUAUGUUCCAAAUAAAAAACGUAAACGAUCCGUUACUUCUGAGGGUCCCAUUGACUUGGAUAAACAAUGUGGGGUAGUUGAACAUACCGGUAUGCAGUGUUCACGUUCAUUGACUUGUAAAAGUCAUUCUAUGGCCUUGAAACGAGCAGUUCAGGGUCGUUCACAACCAUUUAACACAUUGCUCUCCCAGUAUCCAAAGAAGUCAAUUGAUAAUGGCGUGCCAGACAAUAAACCAGAAAAUAGCAAGAAAGACGGAAGCAUUGUAGAAGUCGAUGAAAAAGACGAUGGGGUUGUUGAUUCAGACGAAGAAGUUGAUGCUGUCAUGGAAGCUAUCAUGUGUAGCAAACCACAGCCGCUUGUUACUCGGCCGGAAUCUUACGUUCCACCUACAAGUAAUUAUUUCAUAUAUAAUGAUUUAUUACCUGAAG